AGAAAAUAUUAUUUAUGACAGAAUAGUUAUUAUAAGAGAAAAGGAGAAAAUAGAUAUAUUCUUUUUCAUUUAAAUAUAAACAGUUACAAGUCUCUCUGCACCAUGUGAUAAGUUUUUAUUUUUUAUUUUUAUUUUUUAAGCAAACGAGGUGGGCUAAAACAACGGAGACAUAAAAAGAAAGAGCACACAGAAAACACAACAUGGUCUUGUUCUACAAAUCAAACGUUCAAUCUGUCUUUCUCCUGUAGUACUCUUUCUCCUGAUAACAAAAACCCAAAACCCAAAACCCAAAAAGAGAACAAAAAAUGAGGAAGUGUGAACUCUGCGAUUCUUUAGCAAAAAUGUUCUGUGAAUCAGAUCAAGCAAGCCUCUGCUGGGACUGCGAUGCUAAGGUUCAUGGCGCUAAUUUUCUUGUUGCUAAGCAUUCAAGAACGCUUCUCUGCCAUCUUUGUCAAUCUUUCACUCCUUGGACCGCCGCUGGUCCCAAGCUAAGCCCUAUUGUUUCGCUCUGCGACAACUGCGUUAAAGAUUCGAGUUGCAGGGAAGAGAGAGUCAAUGGAGAUGAUAAGGGUGGCGAUGAUGAUGAUGAUGAUGAUGAGACUGAUGAAGAUGAUGAGAGUGGAGAUGACGAGAAUGAUGAAAAUGGCGAUGGAGGCGACGAUGAAGAAGAAGAAAAUCAAGUGGUUCCAUUGUCUUCUACAGCAAUUUCGAGUUCUAACAGUGAUCAAGAAAACUUUACCAGGAUUUACAAUGGCCAAACGCAAGAUACUUCUCAAUCAGGAAUUGCAUUUUCUUUGAAGCGCGUUAGAGAAACUGCAGAAUCUGAUCUUCAGCGCUGUGUUAGCCUUUUAUCCGAGGAAAAUAAAAAUACAAAUAUGUCAACUUCAAGGCCAUUGAAGGGGUAUAAAACAACUCAGAACGAAUUGCAGAAACCUAAAGUUGUUGAAGACAGCAAGUCGACCACUGCAGUAUUUGACGUCUGCAAACUGAACAAAGAAACUGGAGUUGUGAAUGGUAUUUCUAGUAAUAAUUAUAUACAGAGAGCUAAUUAGUUACUUUCCUCUAAUUGAAAAUUAUUGAUCUGUAAUGGUAGCCAGUCUGUCUUUUUCAACCAUUAAUUAACCCACGAAGAAGAACACACAGUAAUGUAUUAAUAAUUUGAUUUCCUUGGUGCAAUUAAUAGUUCUUUAAUUUCUA